AUGGCUGAGGGCGCUCAACGACGUGCCCAAGCGCCAUGGACUGCGCCAACCCCUACCGGGCCACAACUGAUGCUUUUGAAUUCAAUGACGAGAACCAAAACUGUGUUUGUCCCAAAUGAAGGCCGAAAGGUGACCAUGUACAUUUGCGGCCCAACCGUCUACGAUCAUUCGCAUAUGGGUCACGCUCGAACAUAUCUCGGAUUGGACAUCAUUCGACGAGUCUUGAGCGAUUACUUUGGAUAUGACGUCCAACAUGUGAUGAACAUUACCGACAUCGACGACAAGAUUAUUCAACGAGGAAGACAACGCCAUCUUUUAAAAGAAUAUCUGGCCACCGUUCAAAAUGCUUCAGCGGCCGAUGUUGCCUCAGAUGUUAUAAAAGCAUUGGAGCUUUUCAAUGUACGAUUUGAGAAAGAAACCGACAACGACAAACGAGGAAUGCUGGAAGGAAUUAUCUUGAAAGUUAAUAAGAGCUCCAAGCAACUUGAAGAGGCUUUAAAAUCAAAAAAUGAAAAUGCUAUCGCCGAUGCUCAGAAACAAUUGCUUGCUGAUUCGAGCGACGUUUUGAUGGGAUGGCUUGAUAAAGAAAAAGGAGAAACUAUUGAAGACCAUGCUGUAUUUGAUAGCCUUUCACGAGAAUUUGAAACAGAAUACUUCAAAGACAUGACCCGUCUAAAUGUUUUACCGACUGAUGUUUUGACGCGGGUCUCCGAAUAUGUGCCCGAAAUCAUUUCCUAUAUUGAGAGGAUCAUCAAGAAUGGCUACGCGUACGCAACAAAAGAUGGAUCGGUUUAUUUCGAUACGACCGCUUUCACUAGCAAUCCAAAGCAUUUCUACGCAAAAUUGGUGCCUGAAGCCUUUGCCGACAAAGACAAUUUGCUAAAGAAUAUGCGGGAAGGAGAAGGCGAAUUGAGCAUCUCAGCUGAUCAAUUACAGAUGAAGAAAGGCGAAACCGAUUUUGCUCUUUGGAAAGCGUCGAAGAAAGGAGAACCAUGGUGGGUCAGUCCAUGGGGGAAAGGACGCCCAGGAUGGCAUAUUGAAUGCUCGGUGAUGUCAAAUGCUAUAUGCGGCAACAAAUUGGACAUUCAUGCUGGCGGCUUCGAUCUGAGAUUUCCACAUCAUGACAAUGAAAUAGCACAAGUUGAAGCACACUAUGAUGAUCCGCACUGGGUUAACUACUUCAUUCACUGCGGAGCUCUUCGAAUACAGGGCCUAAAAAUGAGCAAGAGUCUCAAGAAUUUCAUCACGAUUCGCCAAGCCCUGGAGGACUACUCGCCACGUCAGCUUCGGAUUCUCUUUUUGCUGCAUGUUUGGUCAGAUCUCUUGGAUUACAGUAAAGAGACGAUGAAUCUGGCACUCCAUUUUGAAACAGUCACCAAUGAGUUUUUCUUGCUCGUGAAGGAUUUGUUGCGCAAGUCUUGGAAGCCAGAUGACUCGGAAGGGUUCCAGAAAUUUGAAGAAAGGGAGAAAAAACUUAGCGAGGAAUUCUCUGAGCUUAGGGCCAACGUGCAUGAAGCUCUUUGCGACUCGAUAGAUACCCGCACGGUAAUGGAGCGCUUGAGGAAGAUUGUUGAAAUCGGAAAUGCGUACAUCGUUGAAAAGCAAAAACUUGAGCAACCACCCAAUGCUUUACUUUUGCGCCAACUAGCUCUGUACAUCACAAAAAUUUUGCGGGUUUUUGGUGUGAUUCCCACAUCUUCGGAGAUUGGAUAUCCGUUGUCAACUGAUGAAGAUUCAACAUCAAAAGAAGAAACCGUGAUGCCUUAUUUGAAUGUCCUCUCUGAGUUCCGUGAAGAAGUACGAAAAAUUGCCAAGGCAAACGGGGUCCACGAUAUUUUGAAGCUUUCCGACAAGUUGCGGGAUGAAAUAUUGCCAAAUUUGGGAGUUCGUUUGGAGGAUAGAGGCAAGGAAACGGUCAUCAAACUUGUCGAUCGAGAAGCCUUGUUGAAAGAAUUGGAGCGGGAAAAGGAAGUCGAAAGGAAGAAACAAGAUGAAAAAAGGGAAAAGGAGCUGAAGAAGGCUGCGAAAGACGCAUUGAAGGCAAUUCCUCCUGAGGAGUUCUUCAAGCAAGGCGAAGAAGCCAAGAAAUACUUGAAGUGGGAUGAGAAGGGAAUUCCAACUCACACAGCAGAUGGGGAAGAGGUUUCAAAAUCGUUGCGCAAGAAGUUGGAGAAAGCUUGGGAAACUCAACGAAAGGAUCACGAAGAUCAUUCAAGUAAAACAAAUGGAAAAGCU